AUGUUUAUUAACAAAAUAAAUCCUAUAACAAAGGAGCAGGAGUGGACUUUUAAGGAAGCUAAUUACAACUAUCAAUAUGAAAUUGGUCGUUCUGGUUACGGAGACAUGUUGCAGGACACUCAACGCAAUGAAGGGUAUUUGAAAGCCUUCCGGUCUUAUAUUUUAAAAGAAAGUCCUCCAGAGUGCAUCUUAGACAUAGGCACGGGAACAGGUUUAUUGGCGAUGAUGGCUUCGAAAGUUUUUGCAAAUGCAUCAAUUAUUGCUUGCGAUUCAUUUUCUCCUAUGGUUAAAAUUUCUAAGGAAGUUAUUCAGAAAAACAAAUUAUCUGGCAACAUUAAAGUUAUUCACAAGAAUUCUUCUGAACUUCAGAUUCCUAAUGAUUUGGCUAAAAAGGCAUCUCUUGUUGUACACGAAAUUGUUGACUCUGAACUACUUGGAGAAGGGAUUCUCAGGUCUUUGCGAGAUGCCAAUGAGCGUUUGCUUACCGAAGACGCCUCUCGAAUUCCAUAUAAAGCGGUUCUUUACGGCCAGAUUAUUUAUAGCGAAGUUUUGUGGAACUGUCAUAAAACGCCAACUUUUCCUGCUCUUCCAAGUUUCUAUCAAAACUGCUACGGCCGACAACAGUCUUUAGAAAUACAAGCCAAUCAAAUAAAAGAUUUAAAACCCGUUUCAGAAAUUUUUACGAUAUUUGAGUUUGACUUUAGUCACAUUCCCGAGUAUUCAAAACCCAAUCAUCGUUGCGUAAACGUGCGGUUGCUCGAGAAGGCUAAUGGGCAUGGCGUAUUGUUUUGGUGGGAUUUAUAUCUUUAUGAAGACAUAAAGUUGAGCACCAAUCCAUUCGAUGAAAAUUACUAUUGGCGAAAUCAUUGGAUGCAAGCAUUAUCGUUUUUUCCUCAAGUUCUCGCUUGUAAUAAAAAUAAAACUAUAAAACUUGACUGCUUUCACGACGAUUAUUCUGUUUGGUUUCGUGCUUUGGAAUUGGAGAAUCCUCAUUUGUUGGACUCAUUCAAAAAUUUUUAUAAAAGACCUUCUUGUUCCUGCAACUUUCAUAAUUAUUUACCCAGCAGCCGCAUAAGUGAACUCAACAAUGUUUAUUUAGUUUCCUCCUUAGCCGAUGCUCUCAAGAAAAAUUAUAAUAAAAGUCACGCUUCUCUGAAUUUAAGCGACGGUUCUUUGGCAGCAUUUAUCUUAUUAGCGACCAUUGAAGAAACGUCCGCUAUAUUUACGCUGGAAGAGGACAACCGCUCUCGUGCACUUGUGGAUUUUCUUCUUCAAUUCUCCCAAAAGAAGUUCAAUAUUAUAAAUAAAAACGUAAAUAAGCUUGAAAGAAGCGAUUUUCCUCCCCUGCAAAAUAAUGGAAUUGGGAUGCUGAUAGGCGAGCCUUACUUUAAUACCAGUUCGUUUCCGUGGCAGAAUUUAUAUUUUUAUUACGCACUACACCAACUUUCCUUUAAAGGGCUUCUGGAAAAAGCUCCUGUCGUGGUCCCAAAUAAAGCAAAGUUAAUGGCAUGUGCCGUAGAACUGCGCGAUCUUUGGAAAACUCACACUCCUGUCAAAGAAGUUUGUGGCUUUGAUCUUUCUCCUUUUAGAAAUUUGCUUUGUACAGAAACCAACUCUUUAGAAUAUGAACUUUCUGAGAGGGACGCUUAUCUGCAAUGCUUGGCGCAAUAUCAGUUUAAGAUCUUAUCAGCUCCAUUGGAACUGUUAAUAUUUGAUUCGUUAACGGAAUGGUCUGAAGAUUUGCAGUCAAAAAAAUCUCUUAAAUUGAAUACGUGCGUGAGUUUCGGAAAAGAUUUCGUGGGCCAUCACACGUGCCACGGACUGAUAGUCUACGCGGAUUACUAUUUAACUCCGGAGCACAUUGUUUCUGGAUUUCCAUCUUUGGACUUUCCUUUGCGAAAACAAGCCCUAUUUUUUUUUGAAAGACCUCUAAAAUUUCAACCGUCUUUUCCGCCUACACUUUCCGUAGAGAGUUUUUUUUCAAAAGAUCGACUAGACUUAACACUCCUUGUAAAAGUACUUAAAGACAACUGAAAGAUAUCUUUGCCAAGCGGAAAAUUUUCAAGAAUC